AUGGUCGCCUCGCAGGACGGCGACAAGGCAAAGCCGACCUCUGUGGAUUCAACAAACAACCUCGCCACCAAGUAUGGUUGGAAAAACACCAACGACGCAGGUUACAACAUUAACGAAGUUCCGUCUGGACUACUGCGACCUGUCAAGAUAAUAUGUCUUGGUGCUGGUGCUUCUGGGAUCAACUUGGCCAAACUCGUGCAAGACCAAAUGGAAAAUGUGGAACUGCAAAUAUACGACAAGAAUUCUGAUGUUGGAGGUACCUGGUUAGAAAAUCGCUAUCCCGGUUGUGCUUGCGAUAUACCGUCUGCCAGCUAUCAGUUCACCUGGGAGCCACAUAUCUGGUCGCAAUAUUAUGCAGAGAGUCCAGAGAUCUUCGAUUAUUUCAAAGGUAUAGUCGUUAAGUAUGGGCUAUCAAAGUAUAUCAAGCUCCGCCAUCGGGUGGACCAUGCGGAAUGGGACGACGACGAAGGUCAAUGGCAGAUCACUCUUACAGACUUGGACUCUGGAAUGCAGUUCACAGAGUCGUGCGACAUUUUCAUGAAUGCCGGUGGGCCUCUCAACUACUGGGAAUGGCCCAAAAUUACCGGUCUCAACGAUUUCAAAGGAGUACUUGUCCAUUCUGCAGCCUAUCCGGAGGGACUUGACUUGAAUGGAAAGCGAGUCGCAGUGGUAGGAAUCGGGUCCAGCGGCGUCCAAAUCAUCGCCAAAAUCCAGUCUCAAGUGGAGAAGCUGUACACCUGGAUCAGUACGCCCACGUGGAUGACUCCUUCGUUUGCCUCAAAAUACUCUGGUCCCGGAGGGGGGAAUUUUCAAUACUCUGAGCAGCAGAAGAAGAGGUUCAGGGAAGAGCCGGAUUACUAUCUCAAGUACUGCAAGAUGGUGGAGACGCAGCUGCAACAAGGGUUUCUAGCAUUCCACCAGAACACGCCCGAGGCAAAGGCGCUGGAAAAGAUGGCAAGGCAGGAAAUGAUGGAGAAACUCAAGGGCAGGGACGAACUCAUCGACAAGCUCAUUCCCAAGGAUUUCCCUGUGGGGUGCAAGAGGCCAACCCCCGGAAACGGGUUCCUCGAAGCCCUCGUGUCCCCCAACGUCACGACCUUCACAAAAGCCCUCGACACCAUCACCGAGCAAGGCUUUCUCGACCCCGACGGGCACGAACACGAGGUCGACGUCAUCAUUCUCGCCACGGGCUUCAACACCACCUGGGUGCCCCGAUUCCCCAUCGUCGCCAACGGGUACAACCUGCAGGACCAGUACCGCAAGAACCCGAUCUCGUACCUCGGGCUCUCGGCGCCGUUCAUGCCCAACUACUUCACUUUCUACGGGCCCUAUGGUCCGCUGGGCCAGGGCAGCGCGCUGUGCAUGAUUGAGAAGAUGGCCGACUAUUUCGCCCAGAUGAUCAGGAAGCUUCAGCUCGAAAACAUCAAGAGCUACACCCCGAAAAUGCACGUGGCUUUGGACUAUCAAGAGCACACGGACCUGUACCACAAUCGUACCGUGUGGUCUGGCAACUGUCGCAGCUGGUUCAAGGGUGGGAAGUUUGGUGGCAAGAUUAUGCUACACCCAGGAACGAGGACGCAAUACAUGGAGCUCAUUGCCGUGCCCCGGUAUGAAGACUAUGAGAUUCAGUAUCGCAAUCGAAAUGUAUGGUACUGGCUUGGGAAUGGGUUCUCGACACGAGAUUUGGACGGCAGAGAUCUGACGUGGUAUCUGGGCUUGGUCGACGGCAAGGACGAGCAGCAAGAUUUCGAGGUGUGA